AUGGUUAUUCAAUUUUAUCAAUUUGGCUGGGCUAAGAACGAGUUAAGAACGUUCUUAACCCCCCUCCGUGUUUGUAGGGCCACCUGCAAACCGGGGUGGUGGCAGCCCAUUUUCAUCUCCACCAGCAGGCAGCAGCCUUAUGCUGCACAUCCUAAGCAGCCUGGGCUGCAGGCAGCCCAGCCCCAGCCCACAUUCACUGAUGGUGGAUCCAAAGGUGGCACCAGCGACAGCAGGGGCAAGGAGGAUGACUUCAUAGAGUUUCAAGUGAAGAAGCAAUUGAAGGGUGAAUCAUUUGCAGCAUGGCCCAUGCGCUUCAUGAAGAUCAGCCGCAACACUGACUGA